GCUGAGAAGCCCCUUAGCGCGUGCUCGGCUCCCAGGGUGCGGAGCCUUCCGGGGCGCGCCCGCGAGGCAAACAAUUGCCCGGGCUGGCGGGCGGCCAGCAGGCAGCCCCUCCCACCGCAGACCGGCCCGCCUGAGCCCCUCCUCCGACUGUUCGAUUGGCCGCGGGCUGCAGUCGCAGCAGAUAAAGCGGACGCCCCGUCCUAGCAGACCGACCAGAGAUAAACAGCUCCACAAUGUCGCUAAAGCCAGAGGCCCGGGUGCGCUUGGUGUUCUUGGGCGCAGCGGGCGUGGGAAAGACAGCGCUGAUCCGCCGCUUCCUGCACGACGCCUUCGAGGCCCGCCACCGUCGCACCGUGGAGGAACUGCACGUGCUGGAGUUGGACCUGGAGCCACCGGGCCCGGCGCUGCGCCUCCGACUGGAGCUGCUGGACACGAGCGGCAGCUACAGCUUCCCGGCCAUGCGCCGCCUCUGCAUCCAACACGGCGACGUCUUCGCCCUCGUCUACUCGCCCCACGAGCCGGGCUCCUUCGAGGAGCUGCAGCGGCUGCGCGAUGAGAUCCUGGAAGCCAAGCCCGGCGCCCCGGUCCGCCUCGUGGUGGUCGCCAACAAGUCCGACUUGGGCCCGGCCGCCGGCAACAGCGACCGCCUGGCCGCCGCCACAGUGCAGCGCGAGUGGGGCGCUCGCCACGUCGAGGCGUCGGCCAAGCAGGGCUGCAACGUGGUCGGGCUCUUCCAGGAGCUGCUGGGCCAAGUCGACGUGCUCAGCGGGCGCCUCAGUCCGGCCCUCCGGCGCCGCUCCAUCCCCGACCCGCUGGCCAAGGAACCGACGGCGUCCACGCGGCGACGCCCGAGCAAGAGCCCCAACUGCGCCAUCUGCUAGCCGGAGCGUCGGAGGAAGCCCAGCGGCCGCUGCGGCGCCCCUUUCCUCGUAGGCAGCCGACGGGGCGGCCGAGGAAGCGAAUGUCGUCGAGCACGAGUGAAGCAGGAGGAAAAAACGGAGCGC